UUUAAAAGUGUACGUACAAUUUUCAGAUAUUGCAUAACCCUUUUCGAACGGGAAGUCGAAGAAAACCCUAACGAGGACUUAUAUAAAUUCGUUUCUGAAUUCAACAAUUGAUUAUCGUUGGCCAACUAACGAUAACUAAUGAUAAGUAAAGAAGUCCUAUAUAUCUAUCACGCGUUUAACACGCAAUUGUUACACAUUUAUAUUUCUUGACUCGUCACGUUGAACGCAUUAUAACAUGGAAUAUUACUAUAUGCACACCAUCAUCAAAUAAGGAUAUAAAUAAGAAAAAUUGUGAGAAGUGUGAGUUCACAGCCUAUCUGCUCUAACUUACACUAACUCGAUUGUUAUGCUACAUAUUACAUUACACUUACACAACUUAUAUACCGAUAGGAUAGAUACAUGGUGGGGAUAAUAUUCCCCGUUUAAAUAGUUCACGCUUUAUCCAUACCUGAAGUUAAAAUCGAUUUGAGCGAAAGUUGAUGAACAUACUUAACGCAUACAUCAAGAAAAAACGAAGAAACUUCUAUCUGUGCAAAAAAAAAAUUAAAUUUUAAUAGAUAUAAAUAAUUGUUAUAUACUGAACGAUCGAAGAAAAAUUAUUGAUACUAGAAAAAAAAAGAAUGUAUUUUUUUAUUAUCAUUAAAUAUCAUAAAAGUAUAAUAUUUAUAUAUAACAUAUAUUAUAUUAUGUGAUUAAUCAAAUGAUUUAUUGCUAUCGAGAAUAUUGUUGUGAAAUAUCGUGAAAAGUAUAUAAGUCAAGUGAAAAGUAUAUAAGUAUAUAAGCAUAAAUAUAUAUAAGUAUUGAAACGAAUAUGUUAUCAACGAUUGCAUAAAAUUAUAAUGAUAAAAAAUAAUUCUAAGUAAUAUAAUGAAGAAAUUUUGUAUUUCUUACAUUGAAAUAAAAAAGUCUACGUAUAAUUAACGUUUAUCAUAGUAAUAUUAAUCGAAUUCUACUAGAAUGUAUAUAUAUGUAUAACUUACAUAAGGUAAGAUAUGAUGCAAUACAAAAUUAUCUUACUGUAAUUGAAAUUUAUUUGGACGAUAUAAAACAUAAGAGAUAUAUAAUAAAGUUAUAAUGAAUCAUGUGAAUAAAUCGUUCAAGAAAUAACGUGACUUUUUAGAAAGAAAAAACAGAUAGAGAGAGAGAAAGAGAGAGAGAGAGAGAAAGAGAGAGAGAGAGAGAGAGAAACUAGUGUUGAAACUAAGGAUUCAGUAAUAGCAGCACGAUCGAUUUAACUGUAUGACUAAACGAUAUUUAUCAGUUUGUUGUGGUUCAUAAAUGUGUCGACAUGUUAAGAACUACCAAGAACGAAAAUGAUCAGAAAUCGUCUAUCGAUAAUAAUGGCGAUCAAACAACGGGAACUAAUUUAAAUAAUAGUGAAAAAUAUUGUAUUAAAAAAAAUGGCACGAGUGAGAUCAAGUCUGAAAGUCGAGUUCUUGUUUUGUAUACCGGUGGUACUAUAGGAAUGAUUAGAAAUGAAAGUGGAGUUCUGGUACCAAAAGCCAAUUCUUUUGUCAAUACUUUACGACAAUUUUCUCAAAUGCACGAUCGUGAUUAUGCGAAGAAAAUGUACGGCGAAAUGGCUAACGAGAGUCCUUUGAUCUUACCGGUUAAAACAACAGAUAAUCGUCGUAUCAUUUACGAGGUAUUAGAAUAUUCACCACUUUGCGAUUCCAGUGAUAUGACUAUGGACGAUUGGAUUCUUAUUGCUAAUGAUAUCAAAAAAUAUUACAAUAAUUUUAAUGGAUUCGUAAUAUUACAUGGAACAGAUACAUUGAGUUACACAGCAUCUGCUUUAUCAUUCAUGUUGCAAGAUCUGGAUAAGAUCGUUAUCUUAACUGGUUCUCAAGUACCUAUAUUCGAUACAAGAAAUGAUGGAGUAGAUAAUUUUCUUACAUCUUUGGUAAUAGCUGCAAAUUAUAAUAUACCGGAAGUGUGCGUAUUUUUUGGGACUAAUCUUAUGCGAGGUAAUCGUACCAGCAAAGUCUCAGCUACUUCCUUCGAUGCAUUUCACUCUCCAAAUUUUCCAUCUUUGGCUACGGUCGGAAUAAAUAUAGAAGUCGACUAUUGUUUGUCGAAAUAUCCUCAAAGUCCAAGAAAUUUAUCGGUACAUUCGAAAUUGAAUCGAAACGUCUGUUUCCUACGACUUUUCCCUGGUAUUACUGCUGAUCUAGUGAAAGGAUUUCUUCAAUCACCAAUUGAAGGUGUUGUAUUGCAAACAUAUGGUUCUGGUAACAUACCAAGCAAUCGUGAAGAUAUAUUCGCUGAAUUUCGUGAGGCUACACGACGUGGUAUUAUUAUCGUUAAUAUAACUCAAUGUACAACUGGUCGUGUAUCGAAUACCUAUAAAGCAGGAGCAUUAUUAAAGGAAGCUGGUGUAAUAUCUGGUUUUGACAUGACACCGGAAGCUGCUCUAACAAAGUUAGCUUAUGUAUUAUCUAAUACCGAUUGGGAUAUAAAAAAAAAACGAAGAAUGAUACAAAGCAAUUUGCGUGGUGAAUUAACAUCAAGCCAACUUCCAUUCAUGUUCGAAUCAGAUCUCGUUAGUGCCGUAGCGAGAUCAUUGAAAUUAUCUUUGAGAACUGAAUUUCAAGAACUGACCUCCAUACUUUUUCCUUCUAUGCUUAAUGCGGCUGUAGUUAAAUGCGAUAUAGACAAAUUAAAAUCAUUGAAGGAAUAUGGUGCUAACAUAUCACAAACAAACGCAGAUGGUCGAACUGCGCUGCACAUUGCUUGCUGUCAAGGAAAUUUAAAUAUUGUACAAGAACUAUUGAAAAUGGGUGCAAACGUUAAUAUAAAAGAUCGUUUUCGACGAACUCCACUUAUCGAAGCUAUUGAAAAUGAUCAUCACGAGACUAUCAACAUUUUGUUAGAACACGGUGCUAAACUCGAUAGAGAUGAUAUAGGAAAUAAAAUUUGUGACGUAAUUGGAUCUGGAAACUUGAGACGUCUUCAAUCAUUUUUGAUUGCCGAUCCUAACGCAUCUCAAACAAUGGAUACAUCUGGAAGAACGCCUUUGCAUUUAGCUGCACUACAUAACAACGUAACUAUUAUUAAACUACUUUUAAAUCACGGAGCAAAUCCAAAAUCUACUGAUAUGAUCGGACAUACACCGUUCGAUCUUGCGAAAUUAGUUGGUGCGGUGGAUGCAAUGGAGUGUCUUACACUUCAGGACAUUAAUAAAUAAUGUUAAAUAAAUUAAUUUAUAUAAGAAUCAUUUUAGAUCUACAAUAUGGAAAGGUAUUAAAUAUUAAUAAAUCAGUCAUUUUUAAUACUUAUAGUUGAUUAAGAAAAAAUUCAGAUUAGCAUUUGUUGUCUCUUUUUUUUAUGAUAUUGCUAUUUACAUAGCAAAUUUCUAUAUAGUAUAAUUUUUCGAUUUCAUCUUAAGAAAUGACCAUAGAAAACAAAAAAAUUACGAAUACAUUGAAAUUUGUUUAGCAAUAAGAAAGUUUUCUCUUUUCUUGGUGGCGAAAGAAAACAGCGUCAAUUAUUAUAUUUUAUUCGUUUAAUUCCAUCGACAAUAUCACAAUAUCAAUAAUACAGACACGUUCUUUUGGAUGUAUACGGUAUGUGUGAACUCCCCCAUCCUUCAGCAAAUUUGUUUAUUUGUUGUCUUACUUCGAUGCUAGUAUUUUGUUUUUUUUUCCUUUUUUCUU